AUGUCGGCCUCAACCGCCUCCCGGCUCCGCCUCCUGCCUCUGCGCACCUCCCCCCUCUGCCGGCACGCCGCCCCUCGCCUCUCCCGCCCGUUCAUCACCCUCCCGGGCUCCGACCUCACGCAGACCCUCACCGCGACCCGCAUCCUCCCCUACUCCAGGGACCCCCUCUACUCCCUCAUCGCCGACGUCGACGGCUACUCCUCCUUCGUCCCGUACUGCUCCCGCUCCCGCGUCACCCACUGGUCCCCCGCCGACCCUGCCUCCGGCCGCCGCUGGCCCACCCGCGCGGACCUCCACGUCGGCUGGGGCGGCUUCGACGAGAAGUUCACCAGCCGCCUCACCUGCGUCCCCGGCGUCUCCGUCGAGGCCCUCAGCGGCGGCGUCAGGGGCGAGCCCGACGCCUCCUCCGUCUUCAGGAGCCUCGUCACCCGCUGGCAGCUCCGGCCCCUCGGAGCAGGCACGGGCAGCAACAGCAGCAGCAGCAGCCCCAGGACCGAGGUCCAUCUGUCCAUCAAGUACCAGUUCGUCAACCCGCUUUACGCCGCUGUCAGCGCGGCCGUGUCCGACAAGGUGGCCGGCAUGAUGAUCGAGGCGUUUGAGAAGCAGGCGAGACAGAAGCUGGGCUCCCAGCCGUCUCUCUAG